UGGAGACUCCCCUUAAAGGGUCAGUGUGGGUGUGACCUUACAGUAAGUGAUCACAGUAGAGGGCUGGACUAAGGAGGGAAAUGGAAGACCUGACGGACGGGCUUCACAGGGAGCUGUGGUCACACACACUCCCACAAACCUUGGAGAGAGAGUCUGCUUCCACCGACUGGCCGAGGUCCCAGAGUAGACUUGACGAAAAGAGGAAGGGAGGGAAAGUUUGAGGCAUUAUAGCAAACCUAGAGAGUAGUGCAUGGUGGUAGUAGGUAGUACAUGUGACUUGAAAGAAAGAUUGGUUAGAAGUAGCCAAGAAGAGUUUGAAAGAGUUGCCGAAGCUUGUUGCUUGCAAGUUGGAGUCAUUCCGCUCCUAUUGCUAGGUGUCUACUGUCAUUCAAGUCUUUUUUUAGUGCUUUAUUUUUACCCUAGGACGGCAUUCUUGCACACAAGUGCCACAAGUGUACAUGCUUCUGCCCUCUGUCUGCAAGUAAGCUUGUGUGUGUUCCAUCGGAGUCUACUUGAAACCAAGCCAUGGCCGACACAGACUUCAAACUGGAGCGUGCCAUCUUCGCCGAAGUCUCUGAUGACGAUGAGGAGGUCGCCUUGGUGCCUGCUGCCACCAAACCUGCCACCACCUCCAAGGUGUUCAAAUCAAAACGAGGUGAUGACGAUGACCCAGCAGAAGAGGUGGACCUGGUGUUGGGGCCAGGACUCGAUGGAGGUGGCAGUGGUGAGGCCCAGAAAUCCGAGGCCCAGGCUACCGGUAUGAUGGUCCUGGCACUCCUAGACCAUAUCAUAGGUGUGGUGGACCAGAUCCAGCAGACUCAGACAGGUCUCGAGGCCAAGCAGGAGACCAUGGAGAAGAACAUGAGCAGCAUCCAGACAGAACUGGCCAAGCUGGCGAAGAGUCAUGUUGGAACGGCUGGGACGGUCAACAAGCUCCUGGACAAGGUGCGGAAGGUGAACGUCAACGUGAAGAGUGUGCGCACGGACCUGGAGAAGCAAGCGGGACAGAUAAAAAAACUGGAGAACAAUGAACAUGAGCUCCUCAAGAGGAAGAACUUCAAAGUGCUCAUCUUCCAGGACAAGGUAAAGCCUGUGAAGGUCUCUAAGAAGCCAGAGGCUGCAGGAGAGGAAGGAGAGCAGGUGCUGAGUGAAGGAGCAGAGGAAGACCAUGGCUCUGAAGAGGAAGUUGAGGUUGAGGAGAUCAUAAAGGAAUCUCGUGCUGAGCGCAUCAAACGCAGUGGCCUCCAGAAGGUGGACAAGCUGAAGAUAGCCUUCAGCAAGGAGCAGAUGGAGAAGACCAAACAGAAAACCAAGGAGAACCUGGAGAAAACCCGACUGAGAACUAAAGAGAACCUGGAGAAGACACGUCAGAGAACCCGCGAGAACCUUGAGAAUACCAAGAAGAGCCUGGGCAAGAAGAUGGGUAAGCUAGGAACAAAGAUGACGCCUAACACUGAACGCCGUGAGAAGAUCCGUAGCUCCAGAGAGAAGAGAAGAUCCAAAUCAACCACCUACCGCGUACCGCCCUUCACCUUCCACGUCAAGAAGGUCCGUGAGGGUGAGAUGGAACCCACACCAGAACCUGAGGAAGAGGAAGAGGAGAAGCAGGUGGAGCAGAAUGAGGAGGUCCAAGAGGGUCUUGCAGCGCAGGAAGGAGGUCUAGUGUCAAGGGUGGAGGAAGGUGAACUGGUCAAUCUUGACAGCCCUGAGAUGGAGGCCUUACUAGAGGCAGCUGAUCAAUCACGGCUGGCGUUCCAGGAGACGGUGAGGCCGAGGGAGAAGGCCGGCCAGUAAGUCCAACAUGCUGAGCCCUGGGAAAAAUAAUGUGGAGGUCUGGAGAUAAAUAAAGCUAAAAGGAUGUAGGGAACUGAGAUGUGCGUGAGGAACGGAAUAAAGAGCAAAUGAAUGGAGUCGACUGGACCUUUGGCUGAACAUUUUGUUUGUGUGUUUGUUUGUUGCUUAUUAUCCUCUCAACCCCAAGGUUGCAUUUUUUUCAUUUUGUUUUGUUCAAUUGUCAAUUUUUAAAUUGACUAAUGGUCAAUUUUGUGUCGAGAACUGAAUAUUAUUAAAAAAAGAUCAAAUAAUUUUUAAUUUGAUAACCAAGACUUAAUCUACAUCUAAAAAUUUUCAUAAACACUUUCAUGGCAUGUUGUUCCUAUUAGACAUUUAAUAUUAACUUAUUCAUUUGUAAUCAAGGCUACCCGGUUGUGGCCAGAUAUUGCCUAUAUAUAUUUAUAUUAAAGUGCCUAUAUUUAAUGAACACCUUGUGUUCUUUGUACUAUCAUGUGAUGUCUGCUAAUUUCAACAGUAUAAAUUAAAAGCAGGCUCUACGCAUCUUGUAGAACAUCUGGGCUUUGUUUUAAUGCCAUGAAUGAACCGUUGGAAACUUUAAGGUGCUAGAGAGUAUGUUGUCUGUUGGAAAUAUUGUCGUGAGGGAAAGUGAAUUGAAAAAUAUUCUAAUUAAAGUGAAAUGAAAACAAAAUGGAAAGAAACAACUACAAAUAACUACUGACUGAACUUUUUUCUUUUGAAACUGAUGGUUUUAAUAAUGACGUGGAUUCUGAUGAGUUGUUUUGUGGUGUAAACACUGACUUGAAUGUAAUCCAAGCUCCAAAGGUUUUAAAUGCUUCACUCUCUGACUCAGACUUUAUGUAAAUUAAUUGCUUCAAUUGACAUCUAGAGAUGGCGUAAUGUGAUCUUUGAUCUAUAUAUGUAAACAAGAAGCUCUUAAAAACCUGUAAGAUCAAGCAGAAUAUCAGUCUCUGAAAAACUUUUCAGAAUUCAGUUUUAAUUCAUUUUGAGGUAAAUUCUUUGGACUGUUUACCUUGUUUGUACAUAUACACUUUAACAUGUUCAAAGUAAGGCUAUUACAUAUACACACACGAAUACAGUAUUAGGUGAACAGGGACCUACUCAAUGGAAAAGUAAUGCUGAUAUAAUAGUCAUUUUGUAUUCCAGCUUACUGAAGUAAAGAGAAAUACAGUACAUCAUAGUUGUAUCCUAUUUGAGUAUUCAGCUCGAUCACUGAUCUUUCACUGUACUUUAAGUGCAUUCAUAUCAAAUAAUUGGCCCGCAUUAUUGCAUAUAGCUUGAAUAGACUAAUUUUACAAACGAUACACUCACUGAAAAAACAAAACAUUUUGUAUCAUGCUAUUUAUGAUCUGGUAUUAUGAAAAUGUCCAGUUGUUGCAGUGUUCAUGGCACACAUGGGCAAUAGUCUUCUAGGUGUGAAGGUCUGAAUGAAGCUGCUUAUGGCUCUGCUGCUAUCCUUGUGAGAUUUGUGGCUGUAUAAAUGGAUUUUAGGUGUAGGUUGAUUUUAAUAAACAAAUAAAAGUGUCCACCUUUGUGCUGUGAGA